AUAGCUCUCAACACUUCUAUUUUCUCUCUCUUUCUCUCACAUACACUUUCUCUCUUCUUUCAUUACUCAAGCCUGAGAUGUCUCCAGAACCUUACGUUCUGUUCUUUGACUCUCUCAACCUGGUCACCUUCGAAACCUUUGCUUGGCUUUCUCUCUUCAUAGCCACAGUUGCUUUCAUUCUCUCACCAGGUGGCCUCGCAUGGGCCUGCACCAAGUCUUCCAAGUCUCGGGUUUCGAUUCCUGGUCCAUCUGGUUCUCUUGCCGUCUUCUCACGCUCCCACCCUCACCGCGUUCUCGCAGCGCUUGCCCAACGCUUUAAGGCCUCUCACUUGAUGGCGUUCUCCGUUGGUUUUUCACGUUUUGUCAUCUCCAGCGAACCGGACACCGCUAAAGAGAUUCUAAACAGCUCUGCUUUUGCUGACCGGCCGGUUAAGGAGUCAGCUUACGAGCUUCUCUUCCACCGCGCCAUGGGGUUCGCACCGUAUGGUGAGUACUGGAGGAACCUGAGGAGAAUCGCUUCAACGCAUCUUUUCAGUCCGAGAAGAAUCGCGGGUUUCGUAGGUGUUAGGGUUGGAAUCGGUAUGAAGAUCGUGAAGAAGAUCAAGAGUGUUGCUAUGUCUUCAGCUGGUGGUGAAGUUGACGUGAAGAAGGUGAUUCACUUUGGUUCAUUGAAUAAUGUAAUGACGACUGUUUUUGGUGAAAGCUACGACUUUGAUGAGGUUAAUGGUGAUGGGUGUUUUCUGGAGAGGCUGGUGAGUGAAGGUUAUGAGUUGCUUGGGAUAUUUAACUGGAGUGAUCACUUUGGUGUUCUUCGUUGGUUUGACUUCCAAGGAGUGAGGAAGAGGUGUAGAGCUUUGGUCUCCGAAGUCAACACUUUUGUCGGCAGCAUAAUUGAGAAGCACAAGAUGAAGGCGAGCAACAAUCUCGAUGGAGAGGAAAAUGAUUUCGUUGAUGUCUUGCUUGGCUUGCAAAAGGAUGAAAAGUUGUCUGAUUCUGACAUGAUUGCUGUUCUUUGGGAAAUGAUAUUUAGAGGGACGGAUACAGUUGCGAUUCUAGUAGAGUGGGUACUUGCAAGAAUGGUAUUGCAUCAAGACAUUCAAGCUAAACUCUUCAAAGAGAUAGCUUCCGUUACAAGUAACAACACUAGAUCCUUGUCUGAUUCUGACAUCUCAAAACUGCCGUACCUUCAAGCUAUUGUCAAAGAAACCCUGAGGCUCCACCCACCUGGGCCGCUCCUCUCGUGGGCUCGUCUCGCUAUCCACGAUGUCAACGUAGGUCCCAACCUUAUCCCUGCAGGAACCAUAGCUAUGGUCAACAUGUGGUCCAUCACACAUGACGCCAAAAUCUGGACCGACCCUGAAGAGUUUAAGCCUGAGAGGUUUACUGAAGGUGAGGAUGUAAGCAUCAUGGGUUCAGAUCUUAGGUUGGCUCCAUUCGGGGCAGGUCGUCGGGUUUGCCCUGGCAAAGCAAUGGGUCUAGCCACUGUUCAUCUCUGGGUUGCUCAGAUGAUUCAGAAUUUCGAAUGGGUUAAGGGUUCUUGUGAUGUGGAUCUCACUGAGGUUCUCAAGCUGUCUAUGGAGAUGAAGAAGCCGUUGAAGUGCAAGGCUGUUCCAAGGAAUGUUUGUUUUGGUUGAUGGAUCCGAUUAUCUGUUGUAUCGGGUCGGGUACUUGUUUUAAUAACUACUACGGGUAGUCUCUUUUAAUAAUUAAUAAUUUUGGUUUGCGUCGGAAGUUAGGGUUUUGGCACGUUUUGUGUUUGCUUCAAGUAACGUAGCGUAUCUCGUUAUCGGCUUUGGUUUAGUGGCUAUAUAUUCAAUAAUAUCAUAUCUAUAAAUUUGAUUA